UCCCAAUUUGACACUUUGAUAUAUGCUUCAUUUUGAUAUAUGCUUCAUUUUGUUGUCUUGUGAUUCAUUUUCAGUUCAAUUACUUCACUCAUACCAAUACCCUUUCUCUCAAUCCAAACAACUUUCCAUUUCUGUUCCAAGUUGGGGUUUCUACUUGUUGAUUUGAAUUGGGUCUCAAGCUCUUUGUAAUUUGGGUUUUUUGCAAUACUGUGAUUUUGGAAUAUUUGAUUUAAUUUUUAAUUUUUUUUUUGAUACUAGCUUGUGAUCUAUCUGGGUUGUGCUCUUGAUUUGGAGUUUGAAGUGUUUUGAUGCUCUGCUGCUAAGAUGCAGCCUGAUCAAAGAAAAAAGGUAGCUGCGGAUGUAGAAUUUUUCACGGAAUAUGGUGAAGGGAACAGAUAUAGAAUUGAGGAAGUAAUUGGCAAAGGAAGCUAUGGUGUUGUCUGCUCUGCAUAUGACACUCAUCUUGGGGAAAAAGUAGCUAUUAAGAAGAUUAAUGAUAUUUUCGAACAUGUCUCUGAUGCCACACGCAUUCUUCGUGAGAUUAAGCUUCUUAGACUCCUUCGACAUCCAGACAUUGUGGAAAUCAAACAUAUCUUGUUGCCUCCUUCCAGAAGGGAAUUCAAAGACAUAUAUGUCGUUUUUGAACUCAUGGAAUCUGAUUUGCACCAGGUUAUUAAAGCAAAUGAUGAUUUGACACCAGAACAUUAUCAGUUUUUCCUUUAUCAGCUUCUUCGAGGUUUGAAGUACAUACACACAGCAAAUGUCUUUCACCGAGAUCUAAAACCAAAAAACAUCUUAGCAAAUGCUGAUUGCAAACUCAAGAUAUGUGACUUUGGUCUUGCAAGAGUAGCCUUUAAUGAUACCCCCACUGCUAUAUUUUGGACUGAUUACGUGGCAACAAGAUGGUAUAGGGCUCCUGAAUUGUGCGGAUCCUUUUUUUCUAAGUACACUCCUGCAAUAGAUAUAUGGAGCAUUGGCUGCAUAUUUUCGGAACUUUUAACUGGAAAGCCUCUCUUUCCUGGGAAAAAUGUAGUCCAUCAAUUGGACUUGAUGACUGAUCUGUUGGGAACGCCAUCUCCUGAAGGCAUUGCCAGGAUACGGAAUGAGAAAGCUCGUAGAUACUUAAGCAGCAUGAGGAAGAAAAAGCCUAUACCUUUUACCCAAAAAUUCCCAAAUGCAGAUCCCCUUGCACUUCGUUUGCUGGAAAGAAUGCUAGCAUUUGAUCCCAAGGAUCGACCUUCUGCUGAAGAGGCUCUUGCAGAUCCAUAUUUCAAGAAUUUGGCUAGGGUUGAGAGAGAGCCUUCUGCUCAACCAGUUACAAAAAUGGAAUUUGAAUUUGAAAGACGAAGGGUGACAAAGGAAGAUGUUAGAGAACUAAUAUAUCGAGAGAUUCUUGAAUACCAUCCAAAGAUGCUGAAAGAGUACUUAGAGGGAGAAGAACCUACUGGAUUCAUGUAUCCAAGUGCUGUUGACCAAUUCAAGAAGCAAUUUGCUUACCUUGAGGAGCACUACGGAAAUGGUGGAACUGCUGCUCCACCUGAGAGGCAACAUGCAUCUUCAUUACCUAGGGCAUGUGUAUUAUAUUCAGAUAACUCUGCACAGAACUCAACAGAAGUCACAAAUGAUCUCUCCAAAUGUUGCAUCAAAGAGGUUGAAAGGCCACACAUGGACAGGACUUCCGGGAUUCCUAUGACAAGAAUGCCUCCCCAAGUUCCCCCAAGUAUCCAAGCAGGUGGUGCUGCAAGGCCCGGGAAAGUGGUCAGCUCAGUGUUGCGGUAUAACAACUGUGGAGCAGCUGCCGCCGCAGCAGAAACUGUCGAACAGAGAAGGAUGGUUAGGAAUCCAGUUGUUCCUACUCAAUAUGCUGUUUCUAGCUCUUCAUACGCAAGAAGAAACUCAGCCUGUAAAAAUGAGAGGGGUGGAGAAGAUGGAGUCGAAGGAUCCAACGGUCUGCAGCCAAAGCCUCAGUAUAUGCCAAGGAAAGUAGCCGCCGCUCAAGGUGGAUCUGGAAGCCAAUGGUAUUGAUUCCUACAAAUGUUUUUCUUGUGAGUUGUGGCAGACCCACAUGCCCGAUUUCCAUAUUCAAGUUGUGGUGCUGAUCUCUAUUCACAUCCCAUCCAAAAUUGGUUGGCUCCAAUUGUAAACUCAUCAAAUGUGAGUGGAGAUUGAAUCAGCGCUAGCUUACACACACAUGUCGAAAAGACUAACAUGUAAGACUUUCCUGCCCAUGAUAGAUAUUCUGUGAUCCAAAUCAAUGACAAGAUUGAGGAGGUGAAGAUAUGAUCUGGGGAGACGUGGAAAUGACACCAUUUACUUAUUUCUGUUUCCUUUCCAUUCUUUGCAAAACUGAUUUAUGCGUUUUUUGAAUAAUUUAUUAGAACCUAACAAUGUCAGCUUGGUAAACUUUCUCAUCUAUGUUGUUUUGUACUUAAAAUUAUGACCUUUGUUCUUGAUCCACUUGAACUCCUAAUGUAGGGUGGGGAAACAUGUAACUUUUGCUGUAGACAUGAAUUUGCUCUAUGAACCAUACUUUGUAUCAAUUAUAAUGUAUUUUUUUACAGAAA